UCGACCUCCACCCGCCGGCGAAAACUCCCUAUCUGCCCUCGUUGCUGUGGUGUCCUGCGCUCAGAUACAGAACAAGUCAACCUCUGCGGUCUGUGCCUCACCUCGACCGGACAUUAUCCUCCUUCGGUGCGCCCACCUGUGCUAAAAUCGAAUAUUUUACAGCCACAGCCGCUCGACUUCUAUACCGCUCCCCCAGCCCAUCGCCGCAGACAAAAUGGUCGACGCAAAGCUUCAGGAGCUCCUUUCCAAGCCGCGAUCCGAGUUGACCGAAUACGAAGUCGCCCAAGUCGAAGAGCACGAGCUGACGACCGGCCCGCUGUCCAUCCUGCAGACUGCCGUCCGCACCCGCACACAGGUCCUCAUAUCGUGCCGCAAUAACCGCAAGCUGCUCGCCCGCGUCAAGGCCUUCGACCGGCACUGCAACAUGGUCCUGGAGAACGCGAAAGAGAUGUGGACCGAGACGCCGCGGCUGGCGAACGGGCAGCUAGGCAGAAAGGUCAACAAGGAUCGCUUCAUCAGCAAAAUGUUCUUGCGGGGCGACUCCGUGAUCCUCGUCUUGUUGAGUUAAAGGGUCUGUUAGCACGAAGAGUUGGGUGUCAUGAGUCUGAAUUACGACAUGGAGUUUUGAGGGCCUAAAAUUUACAUAACGGAGGCGGAAUGGCGGAAUGAAUCAGCAG